AUGGAGCUCGUCCUUUCCGAUGAGCUGCUGGGCACCUUCGUCCCCAUUAUCGUCUACUGGCUGUACUCUGGAUUGUACGUUAUUUUGGGGAAUUUGGAUUCCUCAGGCGAGUAUCGUCUUCACCCGAGAAGCGAAGAGGCAAAGAACAUCGUCUCCAAGCUGCAAGUGGUGAAGGGCGUUCUCGUUCAGCAGGCAUUCCAGAUCGUCGUCGCUCUUUGUCUGUUUGCGGUAAUCAUCUCUUCUUCCCCUCAUUCUUUAAUUGAUCUUUCUCCUCAUCCUCUUAUUAGGGGAGGCAAUGAUUAUCAGUAUUCCUGCCUAAGAUUGUCCAAUAUGAAGUUAUUUACUUGCUCAAUUUGCUUACUUUGGAUUUUUGGAACAUAACUUCAUGCACCCGUCCUAUGAGGUUGAGUUUUUCUUAUUUGGAUUUUCCUUGUGUAAAGUUGAACUCCUUCAGCUUCCAUGGAUAGCUUUGCUACCGACCCCAUCCCUUUUUCUGGGUUUCUUGGAAUGAUCUAUGGCAUUCACGUAUCCAUGCAUUUCACGAAUACCUACCCACAUGACUUUUUUUAGGUCUCUGAGGAUGAUGCAACAGGUAUUUCAUGGGGAGAUCAGGCCAUCUUCUUCUUUAAAGGGCACGUUCGAUCCCUACCCACAUGAUUUUUUAUGUGGCUCUGUAAGAUAGUAUUAUACACCAUUUGGGCAUCCGAGAGUGAUGUAACACAUAUUUCCUUCUAUAAAAGUAACAAAUGCCCCCCAAGAACAACUUAGAUGUCUACUGGCAUGACACGUCCUGGUCUCUGUGAAAGAUGUGUAUAUCUAUAAUAAAUAAUUUUCGUGGUUUAUGCUUUGGGAGGAAGUUGGGAUGGGGGGCACUCAGUUUCUGGGCAACCUGUGUAAAGUGGUAGUGGCAGGCCAAUUCCCCAAGAAGUAAAGGACUAGAAAACUCGGAGAGGGCAAGAAAAUCUUGAACCAGGGAACCUUACUCACAUGCGAAGCUCCCGCAAAAUUGGGUAGGGCCUCUCUCGAAAUAAGGGAGGAUAUUUGGUCGGCAAGUAACUCCAAGGAGUCAAAUUAGCCCCCCCCCCCCUCCCAAAGGGAAGGCCAUUGCCCCAACUUAUUACAAGAGAGACAAUAAAAUAAACCACCGAUGUUUCUCAUGCCUAAGCUGUUCAAUACUCUUGAUUACGUCAGGAAUAUGCAUGUGACAUGCUGUGUAAGGCUCUUGGGAUUGUCUUUUGGAUUUAUCUCUUUAUUGGCGCUAUUCCUGUUCUUGGACCUCCUGGCCUUCUCUCUUGUGAUUCCAUCUCUGAUACUGACGUGGGCUGUUACUGCAUUCUAGGUUUGGAAUUCGUUGUCUAAUUCCCGUUCUUUCUGUCAUUUAUUUCUUCUCGCGAAACUUCUCACUGGUGCUCUUGGAAACUUUUUUUGCAUUCCAGUAUUGGAAUGCGUUGCUUUACUGUCCUUUCUGUCCGCACAACUACUCGCCAUCAAUCUCGGGAAUUUUCUUUGUCAUCUAGUUUUGAAAUUUAUCAUCUGGACCCAUUCUUCCUCUGAAAGCUCAAAUUUCUAUGCACAAAUCUCGCAUUUUCCUUUCAUUCUAGUUUCUUUCGAAUCUAUCCCCCUUACCAGUUCUUUCUCUCAAAUGGAAUUCAUCUCCCGGGGUGGAGCUGGAAUUCCCAGAGCGUUCCGUGUUUUGAAGGUCUCUGAAGCUGAUUUCUCUCUGCUCCUCUCUGUAGCUGGUGAAGGACGACAGCCAGACGGCCAGGCCGCAGCCGCCCCUGCUGGUGGUUCUCGCCCAGAUGGUGGUGGCGAUGUUAGUUCUGGACACCUGGCAGUACUUCAUGCACAGGUAUAUGCACAUCAACAAGUUCCUGUACAAGCACGUCCACUCCAAGCACCACAUGCUGGUCGUCCCCUACGCCUUCGGGGCACUCUACAACCACCCAUUGGAGGGCCUCCUGCUCGACACCAUCGGCGGGGCCAUCUCCUUCCUCGCCUCCGGCAUGAGCCCCCGAACGGGCAUCUUCUUCUUCUCCUUCGCCACCGUCAAGACCGUGGACGACCACUGCGGGAUGUGCCUCCCGGGGAACGUCUUCCACAUGCUCUUCGGCAACAACAGCGCCUACCACGACAUCCACCACCAGCUCUACGGCAACAAGUACAACUUCUCACAGCCCUUCUUCGUCGCCUGGGACCGGAUCCUCGGGACCCACAUGCCCUACAAGCUGGAGAGGAGGAAGGAGGGAGGCCUCGAGGCUCGGCCCGCCAAGGACUAG